AUGAAGAUCUUUACGCAGAAAUUGAUGUGGUAUAAGAAGAUAUCAAGAUAUCAACAUCUUGCACCGCCAUCGAAAGUGGCUGAAGUAAAUCGUCUUCGCUUCUUUGGUCUUAUAUUAAGGAGACCGGCAGAUCGCCUUGUCCAACGAGUUCUGAAGAGUUCGUCGGGUUCGAGCUGGAAGAAGCCACCUGGCCGAAAACGGAAGUUCUGGACUGAGGUGGUAAAAGAGGACCUGAGGACACUCGGCGUGCAUAGGCAGUUCAGCGGAGACGUAAAGUUGAACAUAGAAUAUGGAAUAGCGACGAAUGAAUUGCAAGUUCUGUGCAGGCUCUCGUAG